AUGACAACAGCGCACCGGCCGACCUUCGACCCUGCACGUGGCAAAGAAGCUCAGAGGGGUACUGCGUACCAUCAACGACUUCUUCCAGCACAUACCUUCCUCAAAGUUCGGCAACCGGGCCAAGGUGGAGCAGCAGAUCCUCAAGAUCGCGAUCUAAGAGCAGAACUACUCGCGGCAGAAGCAGCCCACUUCGCAAAGACCAAGGGCACAACAGCCGAAGCUGCAAGUAGUCCCCCGCAGACCCUGAAACGCGAACUCGAGGGCCCCCCCAGCGAUGACGAGAAAGAAGAUCCCGAAGCGAAACGAAGAAGGAUUCUAGAAGAGACGCGGGAAAUUGACGCAGACUCUGGUGGCAGCGACAGCGAAAGUAGCGACGAGGAAAGCGACGAGGAAGACGAAACAGCCGAGUUGAUGCGUGAACUGGAGAAGAUCAAACGAGAACGAGCAGAGCAAAAAGCCAGGGAAGAGGCUGAACAGGCCAAAGAAGCCCAAGAUCGGCGCGAAGAAGACAUUGCACUCGGCAACCCAUUACUCAAUCCCAAAGCAUUCAAUGUCAAGAGGCGGUGGGACGACGACGUGAUUUUCAAAAACCAGGCCAGAGGUACAGAGCAGAAGGGCAACAAGGAAUUUGUCAAUGACUUGCUACGAUCGGAUUUUCACAAAAAGUUCAUGGUAUGUCACCCUCGCCAACAAUCCUGA